AUGGCCUCAGAUAUUAUGGAGGUGGCUGCUCUGGGUCGACCUUUCACUUUAGGGAUGCUCUACGAUGCCCGGAGAGACAGACUUAUCCCAGGUGUGAAGCUGUGGGAUGACAGCAGUCAAGAAGAAAGAACAGAAGAGCAGGACCAGCCUAGUACUUACUUGAAUGUCAUUAAAUCUGAUUCUUUUGAAUCCAAGUCCUCUCUGCUGGAUGUUGAUUCUUCCAUGAAGCUCAGUGUCCUGUCUGGAAUGGUUAAAGUUGGAGGAUCAGCCAGGUACCUGCUUAAUAAGAAGAAGUUUCAACAUCAGAGUCUAUUCACACUUCACUACAAAGCUACCACCAAAUUCAAACAGCUGACACUGAAUCCUCAGAAAAUCAAGAACAUUAAACUAACAGAUAAUGUGAGGAGUUCGGCAACACAUGUAGUCACAGGAAUCCUUUAUGGAACAAAUGCUUUUGUUGUGUUUGACAGUAAGAAGUUGGGUGCUAGCAACAUUCAGGACACCCAGGCUAGUAUGGAAACUGUGAUAAACAACAUCCCCUCAUUUAAUGUUGAUGGGAAAGUUGACAUCAAGCUGAGUGAUGAAGACAAAGCUGUGACUGAUCAAUUCACCUGCCAAUUCUAUGGAGACUUCAUUCUUGAAAGCAACCCUGUAACAUUUGAAGAUGCAGUGAAGACAGUCAGCCAACUUCCAAAACUACUGGGAGAAAACAAAGAUAAUGGUGUCCCACUGAAGGUCACACUGAUGCCACUGAAGGAUUUGCAUCUCAAAGCCAAGGUGAGGAUUGAAGAGAUCAAUCCUGGACUUGUUAGAAAGGCUGAAGAUAUCCUACAGGAUCUCCAUAAUGUGGAAAUAAGAUGCAAUGAUCUGCUGGAGGACAAAGUGGUGAGAAGCUUUCCACAGAUACAAGAAAAGUUGAUCAGAUUCAAGAAGCUCUGCGAGUAUUACAGAUCUUCACUCCAGCAGACAAUGGCUGAGAAAUUUCUCUCCACCAGGGUAGGUAAAGAGGAUACACAGAAAUUAGUGAAAGUGUUUGAUGACAGAGACAAGUCACCUUUCAGUCAGGAGAGAUUAACCAAGUGGAUUGAAUAUCAAGAGAAAGAAAUCAACAACAUCAGCUGCAUUCUAAACAUUCUGCAAGGAAUAAAGAUCAUCUCAGAUCAGUCCAAGCUUGACAGAGAGGUGUUUAAUUCAGAAAAGGAAGUUCUCUGCUUUGCUUUCACCUCCCUGAAAUACACUCCAUAUCUGCAGAACAUGUCUGACUACUUGGAUAAAAUGAAACUGGACAGUGGUAACACUACACCUGCCAAGGAUCAUUGGUAUUUCUCUGAUGAUGUAAGAGCCAAAAUGAUUAAAAAAGCAAAACUUCUGAAGGAUAGCAGCAGAUUUUAUUGCCUUGUAGCAGCCAUUGGAAAGGACAAAUACAAAGGAGCAAGUAUCUACCACUACAGGAACACUGGCCUGGUCACUGCUGAUUUCUCGGGGCCUGAUAUCAAUGAUGUGGAAACUGUGAGGGACAGAAGUGAUCUGAUGUGGUAUGCCUGUGACCUCACCCUGGAUCCAAACACAGCACACUGUGAACUCGUUCUGUCUGAAGGAAAGAAGAAGGUGAAAAGAGGAAAGACACAGUUAUAUCCUGACCUUCCUGAGAGAUUCAGUAAGUUACCUCAGGUUUUGUGCAGAGAGAAGCUGAAUGGGCGCCAUUACUGGGAGGUACAAUUGAGUGCUUCCUGGCUUGCUGUUGUUUCUGUAGGCGUUUGCUACAGCCAACUUGAAAGGAAAGGAAACAGUGACUUGUGCAAGCUUGGGUAUAAUGAAAAAUCCUGGAGUUGUAGUUGCAGGUAUCUUCUAGGCCUUUGGUACUUUGUAGUACAUAAUGGCUUAAAAAUAUUCAAACUCCCUAAGGGCUGUCCCAAACUUGGAGUGUUUCUGGACUGGCAUGCAGGAACUCUGUCCUACUAUGUCGUCUCAUGUGACAAACUGACACACAUGUACACUUUCAGAACCAAAUUCUCUGAACCUGUUCACCCAGGAUUCAGACUCUGGACUUUGUUUACAAUCUCUGAUGAAGAUUCAGUUUUGUUGAUGUAG